AGCCGGACAAUCUGUGUUUGUACAGCCUCCUCUCUGUGAAAUAAAUGUGCAUCCCAUGAAAACCCCCCUCAUUUUUAUACCUUUCCCGGUUCAGGCUUCAACAUGGGAAUUCCUCUCCGCUGGAGCUGGUUUGCUGUUUUUUCAUGUCUCCUCUGCAUGGGAUGUGGGGUUUGGUGCAAUUGCACAGAGGAGGGCAUGCAGAUAGAAGGAGGUCACUACACACUGACCAAGCAGAUGAGGAGGGGCAGCAUGAUGAUCUACCACUGUCCUGAGAACUUUUAUCCAUUUCCUGCCCUGACCCGUCUGUGCCAGCUAGACGGCAGCUGGAAACCCAGACCCCAAAGAUUUAAACCUCAGAGAUGCAGGAUUGUUGAAUGUCCAGACCCCAAUGUGCUGGUCGAGGGGAACGUCUUGCCUCCUCAGGAGAAGUACUUUGUGGACAAUGAGACCACAUAUGAGUGCUACACUGGAUACACAAUGCGAGGCUCAAGCAGGCGUGUGUGCCUACCAAACGGGAAAUGGAGUGGCUCCACUCCCAUCUGUAGCCGUGACUCAGGAGCUAACUGUGCUGAUCCUGGAGUCCCAGCUGGAGCCUCAAGGAUCGGAAACGUGUUUGGAAUUGAUGACACAGUGAAAUACAGCUGCAAUGGCAAACUGUUUCUGGUUGGGUCGAAAGAAAGAGUGUGUAGGGAGAGCGGCCAGUGGACGGGCAAAGAGCCAGCAUGUUACUACAAACACACCUAUGACAGUCCUCUGGAGGUUUCAGAGGCAUUUGGCAGUGCGAUCGAACAAAGCCUUGCCACUUUAGAUCCCCUCGAUGAAACACAGGAGGAGAAGACAAUCAGGAUUUUAAAAAAUGGGACUCUUAACAUCUAUAUUGCUCUGGAUAUUUCUGAGAGCAUCAAUAAGACACAAUUGAUGGAUGCAAAAGAUGCUGUCACCAAACUUAUUUCAAAGAUUUCAUCCUUUACUGUGACUCCAAAUUAUGAAGUCCUCUUUUUCUCCUCUGAGAUAUACAAAGUUGUCGACAUAAUUGACUUCUUUGACGGCAAAAUGAAGCACAAGGACAGCGUCAAGCAAGAGCUGGAUAAGUUUGAAGUAGGCGACAGAAACACUGCUGGAACUGAUCUGAAUCUCGUCUUCAAGACCUUCCUGGAGCAAAUGGCAAUGAUAAAGACACGAGUGAAAGAGGAAGCUUUUAAGGAACAUCGUCAUGUCAUCAUCCUUUUUACUGAUGGUGGAUAUAAUAUGGGCGGCUCACCUAAGCCCAAUGUGGAAAGAAUAAAGCAAAUGAUUUACAUGAACCACACCAGUGAACCAGGGACUCAAUCAAGAGAGGAAUUCCUUGACAUUUACAUUUUUGCCAUUGGAGCUGAGAUCUAUGAUGAGGACCUGCAGCCGCUCACAGCAGGCAUCGGUCUCCAGCAUUACUUCAGACUGAAGGACAUAAAAAAUUUGCAGAAGACCUUCGAUGAAAUAAUUGAUGAAGGCGACGUUAAGGGCCUAUGUGGUCUUCACAAGGAAUAUGACUUAGAAGAUUCCAGAGAGAGCCAGAGGAAAAUGUAUCCAUGGUGGGCGUACAUCGUGGUCCAGAAUCAAGGAACAAGGAGGUGCCUCGGCUCUCUGGUGACCCCCAAGUUCAUUCUGACCGCUGCUCACUGCUUCAAAUUUGGUGAUUUACCAGAGCACAUUACAGUUGAGAUGGAUGAUGGAAAGCACAAAGCACACAGAGUAAAAACCUAUGUAUUACACCCAAAGUACAAUAUUAAUGCUAAGGUGAUGGAAGGUGUGGCGGAGUUCUAUGACUACGAUGUCGCUCUCAUCCAACUGGAGGAAUACGUUCAAAUCUCCUCCUCCAUCAGACGUAUUUGCAUUCCGGGCACCCAGGAGACCAGUGACGCUCUGCAACUGGUGGGUAAAUCCACCCUCAAGCAACAAGAGCAGCAAGUGCUGAAAAAUCAUCUGGAAAACCUCAGUUUCUUGACGAAAGUGGGCAGCAAAAUCAGGGAAAAAAAUGUCCACGCUAAACUUGGCGAUAAUAGGGAAGAAUGUAUCAGCCAUGCACUACAUGCAAAAGGCAUAACCACGGAUAAUCCAAAAGUCGCUGUGACUGACAACUUCCUGUGCACCGGUGGUCGGACUCCUUUUAGAGAUCACAUUGCAUGCUCAGGCGACUCUGGAGGAGCUGUAUUCAAAAACUACGAGCAUCGUACGAUACAGGUUGGCUUGGUGAGCUGGGGAACCCAUGAUCUUUGCAAGUUGGAGGAAGUCGCUGAGUCGACUGACAUCUCCAGAGAUUUCCACGUUAAUCUUUUCAGAGUCGUCCCUUUUCUUAAAUCUGUCCUGGCUAAUGACGCGCAGGACGAUUUUGCACCACUUCAGUUUUUGGAAAACUAAAUUCAUAUAUUUGCUGCAGUUUGGUUCACCUUUUCAUUUAUAUGAUUUAUUUUUUCAAUAACAUUGGUUUAUAUUAUUUAGCUGGAUGAUUGAAAAUGAUUGAAUUCAUCCAACACUCAAUCAAUCGGUAUUUUCAGACUGUGGGCUAGAAUGGAAAGAGGCAAAUUAUAAAUGUUCUUAUCAAAGACAUACAUGUUCACAAAUCUACAUCAUGUUAUAAAACAUUUUGGCAUCACUUCUCAAAAGGAUCCAUCUUUGUCAGUUCUGUUUAUCAGAGCUGUAUCUUGUCUGCACAUUAAUUUAUUCACAGUUUGCAGUGGUUAACCAGUUUGUAAACAACUCAAUAAAUCUGUAUUAACCUGG